AUGUCCGGCACUCUAUCCGCACAAGCCGAGGCUCUUGUCUCCAAGAUAAAAGAGCUUGAAACGUCAAGUAACAACAUCAGUCGAGCUGAUCGUCUUCGAUUAGUCCAGUCGUUGGAGAAAUUGACGCUGCAAUUGAAAGAUCCAAAGGAUGCAAUUUUUGACCAUUUGACCAAUGUAUUUUCGCUCGUCAAUCUGCGAGCUUUGCUGGAGUUGGAGGUGCCCCAAAAUAUACCUACGACAGGAAGUAUCUCGGCUACUGAACUGGCUGAGAAAGUCAAGGCUGAUGCAUCGCUGAUCGUUCGUCUUAUGCGAAUAUUGACCGUCACCGGUAUCUUUGCCAUGGUUGGUCCAGAUGAAUAUGCUCACACGCCAUACUCAUUGGCUUAUAUCGAGGGACACGAAGUUGACUUCCUUAAAUUAUGCUGCGAUGAGAUUCUCGUAGUCACAUCUCGUCUCCCUGAAUACUUCCGCGCCGUUGGUGCCCGUGAUACCACCAGCAUGACCGAAAACCCAUUCACAUGGGGAAAUGGAAAGCUAGGAUCAAGCUUCUUUGAAAUAAUUUCUCAAGAUCCACGCCGAAUUAAACAGUUCGACAUCGCAAUGUCGACUCAAGACCAUACUUUGCCCGUUUUGGGCAUGUAUCCAUUUGGCGAGGAGCUUAUUAACUCCCCUGAUUUGGGGAAUAGGGCUUUGAUUGUAGAUAUUGGCGGUGGUAGGGGUCAGUCAUUGUUGCAGAUUAAGGAGAAGUGGCCUCAGUUGCGAGGGAGAAUGAUUCUCCAGGAUCGGCCUGUGGUUCUCAAUUCUUUUCCUGAAUUACCAGGAAUCGAGAAGAUGCCUCAUAAUUUCUUCACACAGCAGCCCGUCAGAUACGCACAUGCAUACUAUAUUCGCCGCUGCAUACACAACUGGACAGACGAACACUCCAUCCAGAUCCUGAAAGUAAUUGUCCCAUCCAUGGCCCCUGAUUCACGCGUCCUCAUUGGUGAAAUGGUCGUCCCAGAAUACAACAGUAUCCGUCCCGGUGGUGUCGAGGACAUGGCCCCUUACUGGAUGGACCAUAAUAUGUUUGCAUUUGGUGGGAGGGAGCGCACAAAGUCGGAUUUUGAGAAGCUUUUCGCAGCUUCGGGGUUGAAACUAGUUAAGGUUUGGCAGAGUGAGGCGUCGAGUCAGGCUGUGUUGGAGGCUAGGCUGGCCGAUUCAUGA